CAAAGCCCCGCGGUGCGUCAUGGGAGGUCGAGAAAUACAACCAAUCAGAGGACGAGGAACUCGCUUCAACCGGAAGUAAAACUUCACAACAAAAAAUUUACCGGGAAAUCUUCUGCUCUGUUAAAGUGUUAGAGGAGGAUUAAACACGUCACCGUGUCUCUGGUUGUUUGGUGCUCCCGUGUGAGCCAAUAUGGACGAAUAUGACGAAAUGUUCGAGAUACAGGACGACUUCGAGGACCAGUUCAGAGACGAGCUGGAGGCCAUGGCUGAGCUGGAGGAUGAAUCCUCCAAGACGGUGAAACGUCAGAAGGGUCCAGGAGACGACAUUGCUGACAUAGAGCACCUGCUGGAUGAUCAGCCCACCACUCCAAAGGCAAAGCGGAAGAAGCAGGAUGCAGGAGUGGCCAAGCGACUUUUCAACUCAAUGCAGACUCACAAGAGCAAAGCCCCGUCAGAGAGUGGUGACAUCACACCGCCGUCCUCUCCAGAGCAGUAUGAAUCCACCAACACCUCCAGGUCUAGCCCGGCCGUGUUGGACAUUAGUGGCUUUGCUACAAUCCCAGAGUCGCCCGGGCGACCUUACACAGCGGCACCAGCAUCACAGCACGUGCUGAGACGGCCUCCUUUAGAGGGAGAGUACAUCAGUGUGACCGACUCAUCGGGGAGUCGGGUCUACCUCAGACAAGCAGAAGACACAGGGACAAAGGUUGUGGACUUCAGAAUUCUACCAGACUCCCAGGGUUCACUGGGACUGCUGGCGGUGCCAAUACGUGUGUUGAGAGAUCAAGAGGCAGAGAGGCGCCUCCACCAGGUUAUGGAAGAAUCUCAGCUUCUUACAGAUAUGCUGGCCAGCGGUGUGAACGAUGCGCUUGUUGAGCCUGAAAGCAGAGAAGAUGAAGAGAACGACGACCCAGGAGACACGGAGGGCCGAACCUCUCGACUCUGGGUGGACAGAUUCUCUCCCCGACACUACACAGAGCUUCUCAGUGAUGAUUUUACCAACCGCUGUCUGCUCAAGUGGUUGAAACUUUGGGACACGGUUGUGUUUGGAAGAGAGAGGAAGUCCCGCCCCGUCCGGACCGACAGACAGGCUCCCAACCAGAACUCAUUCAAACCCAAUCAAGUCAAUCAGAAUCCAAAUCGCUUCAAGAGCAAGAUUGAGGUGACUGAGGAGCUCCUGGAGGCCGAGCUGGACCAGUACAAUCGACCCAAAUUCAAGGUGGCAUUGCUGUCUGGUCCUCCAGGUUUGGGGAAGACCACCCUGGCUCAUGUCAUAGCGAAGCAUGCUGGGUACAACGUGGUGGAAAUCAAUGCCAGUGACGAUCGCAGUGCAGAGGUUUUCCAGAAACGCAUCGACACGGCGACGCAGAUGAAGUCAGUUUUGGGAGCCAGUGAGCGGCCGAACUGCCUCAUUAUUGAUGAGAUCGAUGGAGCACCUGCGGCUGCCAUCAACAUCCUGUUAGCAGCUCUGAACAGGAAAGACGGACACGGCGGCGAGGCUGGUACAGAGACUGCGAAGAAGAAAAAGAAGAAGGAGUCCUUACUGCUUCGACCAAUCAUCUGCAUCUGUAACGACCUUUAUGUUCCAGCUCUCAGACCUCUCAGGCUGCAGGCCUUCCUCCUGGUUUUCCCUCAGACUCAGCCUUCCCGCCUUGCACAGAGACUGGGAGAGAUUUCAGUCCAGCAGGGGAUGAAGACAGACACGGGCACUCUGAUGUCGCUGUGUGAGAAGACCGACAACGACAUCAGGUCUUGCAUCAACACACUGCAGUUCCUCCAUGGUCGCGGCCACAAGCAGGUGAACACAAAGACCAUCCAGUGUGUCUCUGUGGGGCAGAAGGACCAGAACAAAGGCUUGUUCCAUCUGUGGCAGGCAAUCUUCCAGUUACAACGUGUAAAACGGAAACGUAUUGGUGAAGGGUUUGAUGAGGCGCCAGGUUCAGGAGGUGGAGCUCAGAGGUUUCAGCACAUUCUGCACUUGGCUUCAUCUAGUGGAGAGUAUGACAAGGUCUCUCAGGGUCUGUAUGAUAAUUAUCUGUCCAUGCGUGUGAGGGACCCCAACCUGCACAGUGUGUGUGAGGCUCUGGACUGGCUGUCGUUCUCAGACAGGUUGAACCAAGUGAUUCUGCACGGGCAAAACUUCUCCCUGAUGAGAUACCUGCCCUUCCAGUCCAUCAAAUUCCACUUCCUGUUUGCACACACAAACGUGCCCCGCAUCAGCUAUCCGCACAGCCAGCACGAGGCGUCCUCCCGGCUCCUCAGCAGCAGGAACGCUUUGUCCACCAUGUUGGCCGACAUCCCACCAUGCAUCAGAACAAGGAUCAGCCAGCUCAGCCUAUCCCUUGAUAUUCUCACACUGCUCCUCGACAUCAUCUGUCCCAAACUACGGCCGGUGAAUCCGCAGCUGUUCAGCAGCAGAGAGAAGGAGCAGAUGCGUGAUCUGAUCGACUCCAUGCUGGCAUACAACCUCUCAUACAGGCAGGACCGCACGCCAGAGGGGCAGUACACGUACAUGCUGGAGCCGCGUGUUGAGGAGGUGGUGAGGUUUCCGGGGCUGCCUCCGCGCCGCCAGCUGACGUAUCAGGCCAAACAAACCAUCAGCAGAGAGAUGGAGCAGGAGAAGAUGAGGAGAGCCGAGCAACUGAUGCUGCAACGAAACCCGGCAGUGCAGAGAGAGGACGAUAAAAAGAGCGCCGGCCCUAAACCACCCCGGAACCAUCAGCAGAGGUUGGAGACCAUCGUCAAACAGACCACAGUGGAGAUCAGGCCGGAGCUGGAUUUCUUCGGUCGAGCUGUCACCCCCAAACCUCAGAGACCGCCACCCACCUCAGAGACAGGUGAGAAGUGUGAGGUUCUUUCUAUGGGAAAGGCGGUGGGCGACAGUGACGUGUGGUUCCGGUUCAACGAGGGCAUGUCCAACGCCGUCAGACGAAAUGUCUACAUCAGAGAACUACUGUAACACACACACACACACACACACACAACCACUUGUACGUUACAUGUUAGUGUCUGAAUAAAUCCAUAAUCCAGCUGUUAAAUUCAAAACAGUCUUUAUUUUGAUUGACAGUGUAAAGAGCCAAUAAAAACGUGUUGUUGAACAUUU